UGUUAUCUUUGCCAAGUAUAGCUCUUUCUUCCUCCCUCUAUCUCAUUUUUCAAUUUGAAAAAAGUUUACCAUUCUUUUUUUUUAAUUCUUUUAGCCUAAAGGUGAUUAUCUUCUUCACUUACCAGAUAAUCACCAAAGGCCUCUGAUCAAAUUUCGGGGGUGUUCAUGGCCCUGAAAGAUUUUCAUCUUAAGCAAAAGGCGUUGCAGCUGAAACGUUUUCUCAUGGGAAGUGCUGGGAGGAAGAAAAGAGAGGUCACUAAUGCAAAGAAACCGUCGUGGAUGAUGCCAGCAGUCUCACAUGGAUAUUAUACGCUUGAGGCCUUUAAAUCACCAGCUGGUUAUGAAGAGUCCAACUCUGACUUUGUUGUGGUUCAGAGAGAGCAAAUUGAAGAGCUUGAGUUGUGGUUUUUGGGAGUUUUCGAUGCUCGGAUCGGUGACAGGGUUGCCAAGUACAUGCAGUCUCAUUUGUUUGACAAGAAUCCUAAAGAGUCUCAUGUAAGGGCAAAGAGCAAGGAGACAAUGAGAAAGGCAUAUCUUGGUGCUAGAGCAAAGACUAGAGAGAGCACAGAGGACACACAUGCAGUUGGUUCAGUUUCUGCGAUGGUGAUCGAUGGGGAGAAGCUUGUAUUAGCUAACAUGGGUGACUAUAGAGCAGUUGUGUGUAGAGAUGGUUUAGCUCAUCAGAUAGGCAGCAGGAACAAUCAAUCAGGCAAAAGACAUUGGUCUCAGAGAUUCUUUAAAGGCAAUGCAGCAAGCACCAGGCAGUCUAAAACCUCAGACCUUGUUGUUGGGGCCGAAAGGGUUGAUCCUGAUACUGAAUUUGUCAUUUUAGCAAGCAGUGGAAUAUGGGAGGUAAUGAAGAAUCAAGAGGCUGUGAAUCUCAUCAAGCACAUUGAAAAUCCACAAGCAGCUUCCGAGUGUUUGGCAAAGGAAGCUUCAAAUAGAAUGAGCAGAGGCAGCAUUUCUUGCUUGGUCAUUAGAUUUGAUUAGUAUGCCAUUCAAUUUGCUUCCACAGUCGUUUGUUCAUCUUGUACGAGACACCUUUUGUUUUGAUCUGAAUAUCAUUCAAACAACCAGCCUAAGAGGGCAAAAA